AAGCCCGAGUACUCUGUCCAGCAUCCACAUCGGGGAAUCAACAUAAAUGGGUGGCUCCGCGGACGGUGUUCCAGCAGUCGCGCUUGGGCGGUCCGAGUGAGCAGUAACGGAUCUUCUGCAGAAAUCAGUGCAUAGAUACAGUAUCUGAAGGAUCAAAGUGUUGAAAAUCAAUUAAAAGAUGGACGAGGCUUCUGGCACGACGACAACCGAUGGCAAGUCCCUGGAUGAGGCGCCGGUGGCCGCAGGACUGGAGCCCACACAGCCGAUCGGCUUCCUGCAGCUCUUCCGCUUCUCCACCUGCGGGGAGAUCGCGUGGCUCUUCUUUGGGUUCCUCAUGUGCUGCGUCAAGGCGUUGACCCUGCCCGCAGUGGUCAUCAUUUACAGCGAGUUCACAGCAGUGAGUACCGGGCGAUGGCCACAGCAGCGGCGGCGGGUACACCAUUCCCACGGGGACCCUGAGCAUCCUUCCCAUCGCGGCGAACGCCCAGCUGCCGACCAUCACGACAACGGCCAGUGGCUACGAGCCCAAUGACGUCAUCACCACGAUCCCCGUCUCGCUCUCCAUUCAGCGCUUCCCCUCGUCCCUGUCCAUCGUGGACCUGGCCCAGGAGCAGGACGGCUACAGCAACAGUGGCUCCAGCAACGGCAUGACCGUGGGGCCGGGUGCGGGCGGCGGCGUCGGCAUCACCACCCCGGCCCUCCUGUCCGUGAAGCCCCUGAACGGCAGCGGCAACGGCAGCGGCAACGGCAACAUUUCGCGGAACAACAGCUUCAGUCUGAGCUUCAACCUGCAGGACCCCACAGUGCGCUCCUCGGUGCGUUCGGCAGGAGCCCCCACAGUGGAUACAGUGGACAACUCUUCAUCCGGUGGCACGAUCGCCCUGCCCCAGAGCGGCGCCACGGCAACCGCAACGGCCACGAGUGCUACCUCAACCUUCGCCAAACACAGUCCCGAGGCCAAGACAGGAGAGGUCUAUGUCUGAGCGGAGGAACAGGACACCUAUUCCGACCCAUCCACUGGAUUAUAGCUUUCGUCGUAGGUUUAAGCACCCCCUUCCAGAACCACUGAUACGAUAUUAUCAUCUAGGAAAGAGAACAAAACAAGAGUAAUCCUCUCUUCGGAUUGUACAUACAUAUGCACACAUCAAUAUACAUACAUAUAUAGCCCACAGACGAUAUCGUAUCGUAAUGGAUCGUAUCGUACGGCACACGCGAGUCUUUCUCGAUAGUUGGGCGAAUAAAUUACGAAUAAAAUCUUUACCAAGAGAAUCUCCAUUAUAUUACCCGUGCAAACAUUGGACCGUGUAAAUACUUUGGAACCCUCCCCUCCCC